ACCGCUAGCUCAACCAGAUUAUUGCUCUCUCGCGGUCGCGGCCGCUGGCAGGCUGCGCAGGCCGUAACGCGGUGCCACUGUUUUGACAGCUCUCCGUAGUGCGCAAACGACGCCGCCACUUUCGGGCAACCGCUGGGGACCGCGACGUAGAUAGCCUGGGCCUGAGCCUGGGCGCGCCGCGGUCUACGCGUAGACACUCAUAGCACAAACGCGGCGGCGCGCUACACAAGGCCAAGAUGUCCGUCGCCAUGGGCGGCGACGAGACGGGCGGCUUCGUGGGGGAUGUUGGUACUGCGGUGUCCAAAUUCGGCUUCGGCGGCGAGGAUGCCCCAAAAGGAGUGUUGUCGUCGAGACUGGGCUGCGUGUUCGAUCAAAAUCAAGCCUACGUCAAAGGCAGUAACGGUGUACCUUUGUUGAGGGAGCUGACGGCGGAGGACUACAAAGUCCCGGACGACUAUCCGGCUCGAUUGCAUACGCGGUCUCCCUUCGUCGCACCCCCACAAAACCAGCAGUGCGUCGCCAAGUGGCUGCACGGCGACGUCUCAAGUUUGGGUGCUGCUCGGUUCGACAAGGGCGAGAGUUGUGUUGUUAGGUCACCACUCGUCGAUGGCGAAUUAGAUGACUGGGACACCAUCGAGGAACUGUGGCGCGAAGCCUUCGAACGGGCCAAGACAAGUGGUGCGGAGCAACCGGUGUUAGCCGCAACCCCAUCAGACGCGACUCCCAAGCAUCGGGCGCAGUAUCUGGAGUUGCUGUUCGAGACCUUUGGGUGUCGCGCGGCGUAUCUGGCGAGGAACGCGACGUUGGCGGCCUUUGCGGCUGGUAGGGCGUCGGCGUUAGUGGUAGACUGCGGCGCGGGGACGACCUCUGUAGUUCCGGUCGUGGACGGUUAUGUAUUGAUGAAGGGUAUUCGUACAAGUAAGAGAGGAGGCGAUCAUGUGGAUGCGCACGCCCACGAGCUACUCACGAAGUUGUGCGGCGGCACGGAACCGGUUCCUAGAGCAGCAGUACGUAGGGAAGGGAGAAAAACAUAUGAGAGCUGGCCGGAAGCCUUCCGGAAAUUCACGCAACGGGAGACGGUGAGAGAUCUGAAGGAGUCCUACGGCGUCAUCCCGAAGAAGUGGGGCCUCGCGGUAGGCCUCAAAGAGGACAAGCGCCAGUUCUUCCUACCCGAUGGCACGAUCGUCGACGUGACGACGGAUCUCGUAAGGGCGCCGGAGCAGCUGUUUGAAGGCGUUGAGGAGGAAGAGGUCGUGAAGAAGGAGGAGGAGGAGCCUUCCAUCAAAGUUGUGAGAGAUGCUCGAGUCGGUCAAAGAGCGCUUCAGCCGCCCCAGAUACAGCCACCGAUAAACGAUCCGGUCGUGGCGGCUCUCCCGGAGAUGGUCAAGGGUUCUCUCGAAAGAGUCGACGUGGACGUCCGAAAAGAUCUACUGCUCAACAUUGUCCUAAGCGGUGGGGGCUCGUGCGCGCCGGGCACGGCGGAACGCUUGCAUUCUGAUGUUGCGCUGUCAUUGUGCGCGCCCUUCAAGGCGAAGAUCGUCGCGCCGGCGGCCUUUGAGAGGAAAUUUGGGGUGUGGAUCGGCGGCUCCAUUCUUAGUUCAUUAGGGUCGUUCCAGCAGAUGUGGCUGUCGAAGAAGGAGUACGACGACGACGGGCCGACGAGGUUGGUCGAGGGGCGCUGGGACUAAUAAUGAAUGCACGUUAGUGUAGU